UGGUGAUGUCGCUCGAUGCCCUCAGGGAGGCUCUAGUAGAAGAGGCGUGAGUUUUAGCGCCGACACGUCUUUUCCAUCUUGGAUUCUUCAUCAUCACAACAAGACGCGUUGCAAGAUGCUAGCCAGAAGAAAUGCACUUAUUUCAGCCCAGCGGGUAGCUGGUGCUGCUGCGCGAAGCACUCAACGACCACUUACACUGCCAGCUGUAUCCCAGCUUACUCGACAUGCUGCACGACCACUUCUCCCAGUAUUAGCUGUCCGAUCGUAUGCAAAUGGACGACCUCACCCGCCAGGAGGAACACAUAGAAUGAAUAUGGGCGGAGGCGAGGAAGAAAAGCCCGCCCUGGAGCAGUUUGGUGUGGACUUGACAGCUCGCGCUAGAGACGGCAAACUUGAUCCCGUCAUCGGCCGAGAUGCGGAGAUCCAACGAACAAUCCAGAUUCUAUCACGAAGAACAAAAAACAACCCUGUGUUAAUUGGCAACGCUGGCACAGGAAAAACAGCCAUUCUGGAAGGACUAGCACUGCGCAUCGUACGCGGCGACGUCCCAGAGAGUGUCAAGAACAAACGUGUUAUUAGUCUCGACCUUGGAUCGCUCAUUGCGGGUGCCAAGUUCCGCGGUGAUUUUGAGGAAAGACUCAAAAAGGUACUCGAUGAAGUACAAAAGGCAGAAGGCGAAGUUAUUCUGUUUAUAGACGAACUGCACACUCUGCUUGGCCUAGGCAAAGCUGAGGGGUCCAUUGAUGCCUCCAACUUGCUCAAGCCAGCUCUAGCAAGAGGCGAAUUACAAUGCUGCGGUGCGACUACGCUAAACGAAUAUCGACAAAUCGAAAAAGACGUUGCGCUAGCCCGUCGAUUCCAGCCCAUUGUUGUAGAAGAACCUACGGUUGAAGAUACCAUUAGCAUCCUCCGAGGCAUCAAGGACAAAUAUGAAAUACACCACGGUGUCAGAAUCACAGACGGCGCUUUGGUGUCCGCAGCGUCGCUCUCUAAUCGCUACAUUACUGACCGCUUUCUUCCGGACAAGGCUAUUGACUUGAUGGACGAGGCGGCGAGUCACCUAAAGCUACAACACGAGUCCAAGCCCGAAGACAUCAUGCGCCUCGACCACAAGAUUAUGACAAUCCAAAUUGAACUAGAAAGUCUUCGCAAGGAAAGCGACAUUGCUAGCAAAGAACGCCGCGAGAAGCUGGAGAAGGACCUCAAGCAAUACUACGACGAAAUCUCGGAGCUUAACGCCACUUGGGAAAAAGAAAAGACCGAAAUCGAGUCUGUCAAGAAAGUGCAAGAGGACCUUGACAAGGCUAAAUUCGAGCUCGAGCAAGCCCAGCGCACAGGCAACUUUGGCCGUGCCUCUGAGUUGCGAUUCGGCGUCAUCCCGGACCUCGAAUUGAAGCUACCCAAGGAGGGCGAGCAGACCAAAAACGACCACACACUUAUCCACGACGCUGUGACCGCUGACGACAUUGGAAACGUUGUCUCCCGAAUCACCGGCAUUCCAGUGACGAAGCUUACCUCUGGUCAUAUUGAGAAGCUGGUUCACAUGGAAGACAGCUUACGCGACGCCGUCAAGGGCCAAGACGAAGCCAUCAAGGCCGUUUCCGACGCAGUCCGUCUCCAGCGCGCUGGCCUCAGCGGUGACAAUCGCCCUCUUGCAUCGUUUUUCUUCCUUGGCCCUACGGGUGUGGGAAAGACGGAGCUCUGCAAGAAGCUGGCUGGGUUCCUCUUCUCCACUGAAUCCGCCGUUGUGCGUUUCGACAUGUCUGAAUUCCAGGAAAAGCACACCAUCUCUCGUCUUAUUGGCGCGCCAUCUGGCUACGUUGGCUAUGAAGAUGCCGGCCAGCUCACUGAAGCCGUCCGUCGGAAGCCUUAUGCUGUCCUGCUCUUUGACGAGUUUGAAAAGGCACACCGCGACAUCUCUGCCCUCCUUUUGCAGGUCCUCGACGAGGGCUACCUGACCGACGCCCAGGGCCACAAGGUUGACUUCAAAAAUACAAUCAUUGUUCUCACCUCCAACCUCGGUGCUGACAUCCUUGUCGGUCAGGAUGCCGCUCAUCCAUACAAGGAAAACGAAGCUGGCGACAUUGAUCCUUCGGUCCGCAAGGCCGUCAUGGACGUUGUCGGACACGCAUACCCACCUGAAUUCCUGAACCGCAUCGACUCCUUCAUCCUCUUCAAGCGUCUUGCCCUCAGCGCUAUCCGUGAUAUUGUGGACAUUCGCCUUGCAGAGCUGCAGAAGCGCCUCGAUGACCGCCGCAUCACCUUGGUCGUUCCCAACGAGAUCAAGGAUUGGCUUGCUGAGCGAGGCUAUGAUCCCAAGUACGGCGCUCGUCCUCUCAACAGGCUGAUUACGAAUGAAAUUGGUAACGGUCUAGCUGACAAGAUUAUUCGUGGCCAGCUCAAGAUGGGCGAGACUGCCGAGGUCAAGAUCAAGGAGGACGGAUCUGGUCUGGAGGUGUUUUCAUCAGCCCCUCCUGCCGCUGCUUAGACAUGCAGGUGAAACUUGUAGUCUAAAGAACCGCCACUAUGUAUUUUAUUGCACCAUCCCAUCUACCGCGGUUUUGAUGAUUUCACGUCCACAGUUUGCGUUUGUAUAUUAGUUGGAUACACACAUCUCACUGUACCUCUUUUGAUACCCCAAUACACUUAAUUUUAAUCACACCUCUUCUACAUCGGUGACCUCCAAUUCGUAGUACCUGGUUCCCUUUUAAGAGUUACAGCGCUAAUGGGGAGAUGUGAAUCAGUCAAUU